AUGUCACACUUCUUCUACUUGACACCACAAAUUCUUCUGCCCUUCAGCCCUCUCACUUCUCAAGAGUUUGAUGAGAUCAGACGGAAGGCUGCAGCAUCUUGGCAGGAUGAAGCAAGGUGGUCGGAUUUAUCUGUGACAACAUACAUGGGCAGUUACAGGAAAAAGCAGCUGGACGAGUCCACGGGCGGCCGACUUAGAGCAGGACAGCCCUGGCCUGAGCGUCACAAGAUGGCAUUGCCAAACUGCUUUGCCGGCAGGGCUGAACUCCAGGAGACCACAGAUGCUAAAGGACUGUUACCACAUAUAACCAGUUCUUUUAAUAAUUCAUCUAUUGUCAAGCAUGGAGUGGCACACCAAAUUCUGUCUGGGGAUUUUCCUCCAGCACGUCCUCCUCCAGGUUAUGAAAGACCAUUCUGUCUCUUUAUGCUAGGUGUGAGAAUUAAAAAGCCAGCACCGAGGAACCUGAUGAAGUACAGUCUUCUAAGGAGAGAGUUCCUGAAACAUUUUCGUGAACCAAGUGAUUCUAUAAGCAAGACUAGUUCAUCUGGAGGCUCAGAAGCUGAUCAAGUCGUUUAUAUUCGGAAAGCACCAUUGUCAUUCAGCAAUCGUCGCUGGAGCCGCAGCCUCGCACAACCAGCCUCGCACAACCGGCUUCCUUCCCCGCGAGGCGCAGCGGAGAAGCAAGCUGACGGGAGGGGGCGGCAGGCGGCGCGGCGGGGGCGGGAUCUGGGGGCGGCGCGAAUCGCGGCCUUUCCCGUCCCGGGUCCGCCUCCUCCCUCCACGAUCCUCCUCCUCCUCCGUGCCCCGGUCCGCCGCCUUCUCCGGCUCCUCCUCCUCCAGUUCUACGACCCUCCUCCACUGCAUUCCCAACGCCCCCUCUGGCCCCACCCCGGCUCGACGUGCCAGUCCCUCACCCCGCCCCGCACUGCCCACGACCCCGCCGCCCCGGCCUGUGCCUGUGCCGAGCGCUCUGGAGGGAGGUCACCCCUGCGGAGACCCUAUGCGGGGGAAGCCAUCGCCGCUGUCCUGGGAGCCAAGGGCCCCCGCGCCUGCUGUCCCACCGAGGGGGAGGCCGAAUCUGGCGUGGUUAUGGAAGUAGCUGCCCCCUACCCCUCUUCCUCCGCACCCCCCUACCCUCCUGUCUGCCUGCUGCCGGAUAUACUCCCGUUUAGCAAACAGACCUUCUCCACAUGGUUUCUGUUAGAUAGAAAAGGUAAUUAA